AUGGAGAUGAAGGUCAAGAUUGACGCUCCAGUCAUUGCGAAUGAAGAAAACCGAAGUGCGAUUGCUAUUGCGAAAAGUGAGGGAUAUCAAAGUCGAGCGACGCACAUUUAUAUUCGCUAUAAUUUUGUUCGCGAUCAAGUCAAGGCCAAGGUGGCACAGCUGGAGUACAUUAAAACCAAGUUACAGCUCGCCGAAUUUCUGACGAAGGCGAUUCCGACCAGCAAGGUCCAGUUUCUCGUGGCAAAGACAAACGUUGGAGACUUCUAG